AUGACGAAAAUCUAUGAAGUGCACAAUCCAGACAAGUUGUCCAAGAUUCCGGGUCUUCUCGUGAAGUACGCAGACAACCCUCUCACUGUGUACAAUAAGUUGUGUGACCAGUACAAAGUCCCUCGUGAGGACCUGGGACAAAUUUUUCUUGCCCAACAACAGCAAGGACAAGGACCACCACCACAAGCAGCACCACAAGCACUACAAGCACCACCAGGAGGAAGUCCUUCUCAAGGAACCACCGUUUCGCCCUUUGCUUUAGGAGGAACAACCGCGACAACAGGUGGAUUUGGAACCCUGUUUGGUGGAGCGGGGGCAGCAUCAAACACGGCUGGAGGUGGUGGCCUAUCUGGUGGAGCUGGAGCAAAUCCAUCUGAUAACGGUACCAGUGGUGGC